AGCUGAUAACAGCGGGAAGGCUGUGAGGGACCCUGGUGAAGUUCUGGCCCUGAGCCAGUAUCUUUCCUGUGAAGAAAGAUGUGACUAUGCCUUUCUCUCGGUCGACGGUCGCCCAGGGUCUCGAAUUUGGGGCGCUCAGGCGGAAUGCUGGCUUGGCCUCAGGGAAGAGAAGUUGACUGCCGCCUCUUGGCCAGAACCCCACCACGAUGGAUCAAAAUGUCAAUCGUCACGAGCUAAAUGCUUAUUGGCAUUUUUAGUGCAUUGUUCCCUGGGCUCCGUUCUCGCUAUUUUUACGGUUAAAGCGGAUCCCGGCGAGCAUUGUCAAGAACUAUGUGAUGUGAGUGGCUGUGGGCAUCGAUCAGCGGGCGUCAUGGCACGGGGGUAGAAAUUUUUUUUUCCCACUGAGCGUGACUAACAGGACCAGUGGACUUACGUAGUGCACUGACAAGGGAGGGUUCGCAGAGACAGGGACUGUUUGUCACUAACACACUCUCUCCCCCUUCUGGUCCUCUUUUUCUAUAGAUAUGUAACUAGCAGCUCUCAUUCACUCGUCGGUCGUUUGCCCAAACUAAGUUCGCCUGGCACCGUCAUCGCAAGCCACUUCAUCCCAACUGCCAACUGCCAUCUGCCAUCUGCCAUCUGCCGCCGCCGCUGCUUCCGCUCCUGCCAAAAACGCCUCGCUGGGAAAAAAAACCCGUACGCCUCCUUCCUUAUUGCCGCUCCUGAAGCCCACCGCGCAUUGUUGUUGUUGUUAUUCCUUUUCGAGGCAGAUCCGCCCGGCCAACCGCCGUUCCUUCCUUUGUUGGUUCGAAAUUCCCCUUGUUUUACUUCCUGCUUCAUCCGGCAAACUCCUCCCCCUCUGCCUAAGUCACCUCGCCAACGCUCCAUUCAUCACCUCAGUUUCUUGCACAUUUGCCCUCGAGCUGUCUCGGGGAAUCCGUCCACUUGCAGAACGCAAGCUCUCCCUCCAUCUGUUGCCUCUUUCUCGCCUUGAUGCGGUCAGUGCCUGUUUAACAUGGCUCUCAGCUUCUUUGGCCAUGCGAACCAUGCCAAAUACUUCGAUAUCAGGCUUGAUGAUGACUACAUCGUCUUCCGUGGAAGCCCGGAUGAGGCUGCCAGUGCGCACCUCAAGGGUACGUUGGUCCUGUGUCUGUCGGAACCAUUGACGAUCAAACACCUAAAGCUACAGCUGGUGGGUGUCUCCCGUAUCGGGUAGGUAGACAAUUGGACCCAAUUUCAACCCUCCUUCUAGACUCGAUGGCCUCUUGUUGACCAUUCGUGCGUUCAAGGUGGACUAUGGUGACCGGAUCGCUCACUGGGACGAGAAAACAAGGGAAAGAGCAAGUGGUGUUUGAAAAGACCUGGAAAUUCCGAGAUGCUGGUAAAGGGAAGACAGAGAUCAUGCCCGCAGACAACUAUGAAUACCCGUUCGAUGUCAUCCUGCCAGGAUCGCUUCCGGAAAGCGUUGAAGGUUUGCAAGAUUCGUGGAUCACCUAUCGUUUGAAGGCAGAAAUUGGGCGAAAAUAUGCAAAGGAUAUCCAUGCAAGAAAGCCCCUGCGCAUCAUUCGCACGCUGGAUCCAAAUGCACUAGAAUUGAUACAUGCCAUAGCUGUUAUAUUCGGCACUAGUGUUACCGUAAAUUUUCGGCUCGUCCCACUCCUUAAAGGCCUAAAGAUUGGUACCGUUCUGUCUCAAUUCAUCGAGACUCAUGAACUUGCCAUACCUAGCGAUGAUCCCUCACAACACCGGAAGACCUCAAAAACAUCCAGGACUAUCUUUUCUGACUCUUUAGAGGUAGAUUCUGAAAGAGACUUGCAGGUUUUGGACGAAGAAGUUGAAGGAUAUAAAUUCUCCAAAACCUGGGAUAUGCCCAAGACCUUACGCAAAUGUUUGCAAGAUACAGAUGCAAACGGAAUCAGGAUCAGACAUAAGCUGAAAUUCAGAGUCCAACUUCAAAACCCCGAUGGACAUACUUCAGAGCUUCGCGCAACUCUCCCGAUUCACGUCUUUAUUUCCCCGAAUCUUCGAAUAGAUGAGCAUAAUAACGUGAUCAACGGGAGUCGGGACACUGCGCGCGCUAUCGAUCUCUAUUUCUCCCAACAAGCACCUCCGCUGUACGGCGAACAUCAGUUUGACCUCCUUUACGGCGACUUAGAUCCGAAUGGCUAUUUCACCCCUGCUGAUUACAGUGGUGUGACUUCACCGUUUGGCUCGCGAAGCAGAAAUAUGUCUGCUGAAAAUCUUGCAACCCUACCAGGACGUCGGCCAGAAGAUCUUUGUGCGCAAGCACUGCAUAGUCGAUUAGCUGAUCUCCAUGUCAACGGAUCGGGCCCUACAACACCGCCACCCGAAGCCCUCGAUACCACGGGAGAUGAGCUCCAUCGGCGAUCCUUUACUAAUACGGAUCGUCUUCCUUCGAUAAUGAGCGAACUUGAUGCUGCGUCGCCCGAGGGUUCAGGACGUUCGUCGGAAGAAGGCCAUGUUCCAUCCGGCGCUGCCACACCUCACCCACAAAUCAGAGAAGUAGAGGACCUAUGUCGCGUGCCUAGUUAUUCCACGGCUCUUCGAUCCAGCGCGAAGACAUUUUACGAUGGGACACUCCCGGAUUAUCAUGCAGCUACUGCGUCUGGAGCGACUCCUCCACGAAGAGUUCACCCAACGCAUUCUCGAAGAACUAGUCGGCUCUUUGGGCUUCUCGAGACACCGGUUCGAUCCAACUUUUCGCUUCAUAAUCGGAGUACGAGCCGUGGUGAUUCGGACACAGAAAAUCAACUUCGGAUAAUACAAGCGCGUGGUAGAAAUUAACCCGACCAUCCCCUCGAAGGUUUUUGGUGUGUUAAAAUUCCAAUGCUCUUUCCCUUCAUCCCUUUAUUCUUUUACGGUCCUUCUCUCUAUACCCUUUUUUCACGAUUACUCACGAAUAUACGAUUGACUUGCAUUGCUAUGGCGUUGAGGCAAUUGUUAAUGACCUGGGUCGGGUCACUGAAGAUAGAGCCCAUCCAACUAUGCUUGCUUUUAACAAAUAUGGGUGUAUUUGGCGUGAUUGUUAUUCGGGGAACUAUCGAGGUGUUUAUUCGCAUAGAUGUUAGGGGGAUGAAUGGUGAGUAGGCUUGGGCUGGCGUGUUUUCGCGCAACUCUUCUUCUGGCAAACUCUUGUAGCAUGGGAGCAAGCAGGAAAAUGGCCAUUGUGGAUGGGAGACCCAAUGUACAGUACAUUAUGUGUAACUAUAUGCCAGUACAUAGCAACAC